AUGGGUGGUUUUUAUCGUCUUCUUCUUCUUCUUCUUCUUCUUCUUCUUCUUCUUUUCUUCUUCUUCUUCUUCUUCUUCUUCUUCUUCUUCUUCUUCUUCUUCUUCUUCUUCUUCUUCUUCUUCUUCUUCUUCUUCUUCUUCUUCUUCUUCUUCUUCUUCUUCUUCUUCGGGAGUGCUGCACUGUUCUUUCCCCGCAACUCCACACAUGCCUUUUCAUUUUCCAACACGACAAAAUCCAAUGCCCUGCUACGCCACAAGAUUCGCACAUUUCCGAUUUAG